AUGUCCAAAUCGCCGUUAGAAGUGAAAUGGUAUCGAAACGGUGAAUUACUGAAUAAAGAGGCAUUUGGACAUCGGUUUCGUGAGAACAAAAAGCAUAUGACACUCGACAUCAAAGCCGUUGAAGUCUCUGAUCAGGGGUUAUGGACGUGCAAAGUAAGCAACCAUCUCGGAAAAGUGGAUCGGAAUUUCACUGUUGAAAUUAUAGAUUUCUGCGACUACUUUGCUAUGCGAUCCGGUGCUGCAUUCGCAUUGCCACCGGCUUCAAUCCCAAUGGAAUGUAUCUGCUUGUGGCAGAUCACCAACGACAAGGAACGUCACGAUAUCGAUUACUCAAUAGCUACGACAACUACUUGUAACAAGUAUGCGUCGCGUAUCGAGAAACGUGCACGAAAAUCGCGAAAAGAUCCGCUUGCAUGCAUUGAACCUCCGUGUGAUUUGUAUGGUAUACCGCUUCUGUUAACGACUACAUCGGCGUCAACGACAACAACACAGACGACUAAAAUCGCUGUUGAAUCGACGACAAAGCUGGCAGUACGGCCAUCAUCUUCUGCGCAUGUGCAUGCAACACUAAUCAAAGAUCGAAGUCUUGAGGAGAUUACGCGAAGAACACCUAAUGGACUUCGUGAAAUGAAGCAACAUCCUGUUAGUGUCAUCUCGUCCACGCCGAAUAUACCCGCUUAUAAACGACGGGUUAUGGAAAAGGAGGUCAAUUACGAACCACCACCACCAGAAGUGAGACCUACAUUCAAAGAUGGCGACGAAACAGCUCGAAGCCUUGCAUCUCCAGCAGGACGAACCGUUAAGCUGAGUUGUCGAGCAACUGGUUAUCCAGAGCCAAGAGUCGUGUGGCACAAAAACGGUGCUAUCAUCACCGAAGCUAGCCCACGAAUGACUGGUGCUGACUUCAAAAUUCGAAAAGGAAUGCUGGAAAUGGAGGAUGCAGCGGAGAGCGAUUCUGGGAAGUAUAUGUGCGAGGUCUUCAAUUCACUGGGCACAAUACGUCGUACCUUCAACGUGACAAUCAUCAAUCGUAUGCGUGGACCACCAAUAAUCGUGCCGAAUAUUCUCGUUAAUCAAACGGUAAAUGUGAAUGGAACAGCUGUAUUCCAUUGCCGAGUCGUAUCCGAUUUGACGCCGUACAUCUUCUGGGUACGAAUCGAUCGUGUGAACGGAUCACUGCACUAUUACAAUGAGACUGCGAAAGAGUACAUGUUCAAGUACACGGAAAUGGAUGCGAUCGAGGCUAGAAAUCCAGACCCGAGUAUUCGACAUGGAGAUACGUCAGUUUCUUUUGGACCUAUUCUUAAUAUGAAGAACAUAUUGUUGGUUUCACUUCUGCAAUUUGCUGAGUUCUUCCUACUUCUAAUAGUCAUGUUACUAUCGUUGAUUGCUCAGCCUGUGCUUGCCUAUUACAUUCUGUUACGGAUACAAAGAAACGUCGGGAUUCUGGAAAAAGAUCGUGUUGACUCAUGCCAAAAAAGAAGAAGAUUGUCGAGCAAGCCCCCUCAACGAAAGGCGACGACGCCACGUCUCAGCUCGGAUUUGACGCUGACUGUCGACUACGAAAUCGAUCCCCGAUCCACUCUGGGAAAUCGCUUCGUCAAGAUAAUUGGACGUCACGACAAUCUGCUAAGAUUAAUCGGGUGCUGUACUGGUUCUGGACCACUCUAUGUAGUGCUAGAGUUAUGCAAAUAUGGUAACUUAAGAGAUUUCCUUCGCAUUCAUCGUCCAAAGGAAGACAAGCAAGAGGCCAUGGCAAAACACAGCGGAGAAUUAGCCGACUAUUUGGAGCCACGGAAAUGGGUGGACAAGCAGGAUAAACAGAUUGCCAUUCACAAUAUUACUCACAAGCAUCUCGUUCAUUUUGCUUGGCAAGUUGCAAAAGGGAUGGAGUUCAUGGCAAACAAAAAGAUAAUUCAUCGAGACUUAGCGGCCAGGAAUGUUCUUGUCGCUGAGAACUUUGUCAUGAAGAUAUCUGACUUUGGUCUGUCAAGGGAUGUUCACUGCAACGAUUACUACCGGAAGAAAGGUAAUGGACGACUGCCGAUCAAGUGGAUGGCAUUGGAAGCUCUCGAUUCCCAUAUGUAUACUGUUGAAAGUGAUGUGUGGUCAUAUGGAAUUUUGUUGUGGGAGAUCAUGACCAUGGGAGGAACGCCAUAUCCAACAAUUGCUAUGCCUCAGCUUUACUCUGUGCUCAAAGGUGGUUACAGGAUGGAAGCCCCACAGAAGUGCCCAUCUGAGAUAUAUGACUUAAUGGUAUCGUGUUGGCAGGAGAAACGAGAAAAACGCCCGACUUUCAAAAUGAUUGUGGACUACCUGGAUUGGAUGCUGCAGGAUGCAGAAAGUGACACCAUAUUCGAUGAUAUAGAAGGCGCCCCACCGCCUCCUUCAAGUGAUGGCAGCCUUAGCAGGAAGUUACGUGCACGACCGCUUUCAGCACCAGUCUUUCUUCCAUCAGAUUCACUAGUAACUGUAACCUCAUGGGCGGGGAUUAUUAGAGGAUUCCAGCCACAACACACUAUCUGCGACGACAACGUUGAUGGAGGUGGCUCGGCACUGGUUAUGGGGGAAGCUGUUGAGGAGUCAGAGAGGUUGCACUCAUCAGAUCAAGAGCAUCAAUACUGUAAUCAGCCGAAUGACUGUUCACCACGUUUAGUUCGACAACAUACAGACCCAGGGUCUGAAAGGUUUCGAGUGAAAGAAGAAUCGGAUUAUUCUGUACCUCGCGCUGUCGCUGAGGUGGCUGCCCCAUCUGUAGACUCAGCUAUUGGAUCUCCUGCUUGGAUUGCUCCGGAACUCUCAACCCACACACAUUACUCGGUCCCUUUUUUAGGCGAGCCGGGAGCGGUGCGAGUUGAGUCGGCAUACAUGAACGUCGCUGGCCAUCGUACCACUCCCACCCGAUUUCCAUUCCCUCCUCCCGCAUCGCUAGCGGACAGCCAUUUAAUGUACUCCGAUUCGGGCGCUUUCGAACAAUCUCUUCAAUCCUCUGCUGACCUUGGAGCAACGAAUCAAGGUUUUUUGCCGUCGCCAAACGCUUUCACAACUGAUCAUCUCUCUAGGAGGCACUCAACCGAGUCUCGUUGUUCUUCCGGUCGAGGAGGAUCAAGUCUCCUUUCGAGUCUUGACGGAAUCGAAAGCGGUAUCGCGGCUUUUUGUCGAUUGGAAUAUUCUCAAACCAUACCACUUGAGCUUCGAGUGCAUCCGACGGAAAUUCAAACCUCGGACACGAACGUGUAG